AUGGCAGUUUUCACAGCAUCAGCAGGCAACAAAGUGCUCCUAAUAGGCAAUCCGGCAGCUACAGCAGAUGAUAUCAAGCAUGCUCGUAGUGAACUAUCAAUACAAGUGACAACCGAUGGACUUGUUGGGUUUGAGCAAUUGGAUAGGAUACCAUCCCUCCAACUAGCACGAUCCAAUUACAACAUAAUCUACUCUGGCUCCAUAAAACCAUCAACAUUUACACACCCCGAUACAAUCCUCUCCAAAUUCGCAUCCUCUCUGACCCCAAACGGCACGCUAAACAUAUCUCAGCCCGUAUUACUCGAUUCCGCAUCCUGGGCACCUGCUCCCGAAGGUUUGAUUACCGAAUCGGCGUUCUUGUCUGCGCUCAAACUCGCUGGGUUCGUUGAUGUGGCCGUUGGGAUGCGACACGAUGCAUUGUCUGAUGAUGAUGUACGGAACGUUUUUGAUUCGUGGGGGAUGAAGAGAGAAGAGAGGGAGGGACAUGUGAAGGUUUUGAGAGGAGCUGUUUAUAUUGUUGACGUUGUGGCGAGGAAGCCCGCUUAUGAGGUUGGGGCUGGGGUUAAGCUGUCGUUUGGAAGGAAUAAGAAUGGUAAUGGUAGUGCUGUGAAUAAGGUUGUUACGGCUCCUGUUGUUGAAAAGAAGAAGCCUGCUGUAUGGACUAUAUCUGCUGAUGAUGAAGAUGAUGAAGCUGCAGAGGAGGAUGAAGACUUGAUGGAUGAAGAUGAAUUGCUCGAUGAAGAGGAUCUCAAGUUGCCUGCCAACCGUCGUGACGGCUGUGACGCAACAGACGGCGCAAAACGUAAAGCAUGCAAAGACUGUACAUGUGGUCUCGCCGAAGAGCUAGAUGCAGAAGAGGUGGUGGAGGAAGCAGCUGUUUCGGAUCAAGUUAUUUUUGUUCGACCAGUUACCAAGAAGGCUGCUAAAUCUUCUUGUGGAAAUUGCUUCUUGGGAGAUGCAUUCAGAUGUGGCAGUUGCCCCUACAUGGGAAUGCCUGCCUUUGCACCAGGAGAGAAGGUUGUUUUGGGUGGUAGCAUGUUGAAGGAUGAUUUAGAGUUGUGA